AUGGCUUUAAUUUGGGUCGAUAAUGACUUUCUCCAAUACCGAGAUAUUCACAUUGGAAAUCAUUUUUAUUUGUCAAUUCAAACUAUGUCCAGAAUUGUUCUCCUUCUAGCGCAUACACGUAAACAAUUAAAUCAUAAUGAUAUAAAAUGUAAACAAGAAAAUCAAUAUAAUUUGUCAGAUAAUUUUCAACAAUCAUCCAAUCCUUUAUGGUUAGAAGAAGAUAAACUAUUGGAUUCAUCCAAUUUUAAUGAUAAUUUUCAAGCUGUAAAUGAUCUAAAUGAAUUGAAAUCUCAUAUCAAUCAUUCAAUACUGGAUGUUUCCAAUAUUGACAGAAAACAAAUAAGAAUCUCAGAGACUUUCUACCCAGUUAAUGUAAAUGGACUUCUUAUUUGGAAUUUGCAUAUUAACAAUAAAUCAAAUGAAAUUAUUAUAUGUCCUGAAACAUAUCAGAUAUGGUUGAAUAAUCAAAAGAUUAAAAAUAUCAAAGUAUAUUUAGAUUGUCAUAGACAAUCACAACAUGGAACAUUAUUACUUCAAUUUGAAAUGAACCUUUCAAAUGAUUCAACUAAUAAUCAGCAUUCAUUUCAACAAAUUAUAAAAAGUUUUAAUUAUCAAUUUAUUAUUUCUGCAUUUUAUUCAUCUGAAUGUUCUAUGACACUAGAAGAUAAAGAACUUAUUUUAGAUCUAUUACAAUUGAAACAUAUGAAAUCAUUUAUGAAUAUGUCAAUGACCAAUUGGACAAUUCGUUAUAUUUAUCACAUUUAAAUUAUUACCAUAUUCGAAAACCAGGACAGAUUUUGAAACACCGGUUCAUUAUUGUUAUUGUUACGUUCCACUAAGAUUCAAAAUUUACACGCUAAUUGUUUUUAAUCCUGGAACGUUAUUUACUGAACUGCUGAAUGACACUAACCUUUCAUUUAUCGUUGUAUAUUAUUCAGAUGUAGUUCUAUUCUUGUGGCGACUGUUGACUGACUUCAGAUAUUCAUUAGGUUAGAUUGUAAUUACGAUCUUUGAAAUCUCAUGAAUACUGAAUACAUAUCAUAGUGGUUUUGAAUACUACUAACAACUAAUUAAGUAGAGAAAAAUGUUAUUUAAUCUUUCAAGAGGUCACUCAAAGACUGAAUAAACUGUUGAGCAUAUUCGAUUUCGUGAAAAAAGAAAAACAGAUCUCUCGAAUUGUUGACCUCAUCUUGUUCACAUGCA